AUGGGGGAUAAACUCGCAGUACGUGCUGAGGCGUCAUGGGUCUACUACACCCCAAGUUUCCGUGCCCUUUCUCUAUGCCCGGAUCAGGGACUUGCAUCUUCAGUAGCACCGCUCAAAACGCCCGUCCCACUCUCUGCUUGCUGCGACUAUGCCGUCGUGUGUUGCUUUGCAGCAAUACCCCCGUCGAACUGCCAAUCUGCAACAGGGGGGGAUUGCAUAAGCUUUUUCCCCGCCGAUGCGCAGGUCUUGGCUUACUGCAAGAACGGCGCCAAAUGCGGAGUUAAUGUUGCCUCAGGAACUCUCCUCGAGCUCGUGUGCGACUGCGAGGCUUUGCAAACCACCGAAAAAUUCUAUGCGGGGCCAGACUGCAGCAUCGAACAAAAUAUGAAUUAUAUUAUGGGCUCAUUGGACAGCGACGUGCCGAAUACUUGCUGGCUUGAAAAUCUGCUGGGGCUGAACCAGUGGAAGGAUGUUGGAGGAAGAGUUUCCUCCUUCUGUUACACCGUUCCAUGCCCCAGUCCGGAUGGCAGCUCUUAA